CUCUCCUCUCGCAGUUAGCCAGCAUGUGAGUUUACCUCAUGUAGGCACAGUCGAAGCAUGGCCUAAGUCACGUGGUUUUACGAAGACAGCCGAGUUAACCCGAAGGCUGGUACGGCGACAUUCUAGCUCGCAGUUAUACUAUAACAACACCUGUCUUGAUUUGCCUGCGUUGUCCUGUGAAAUGGCUGCACUGAUCAGGAGGAUCAUCAGCACCGCGAAUGCUCCAGCUGCUAUUGGCCCGUACAGCCAGGCAGUGGUGGUGGACCGCACGGUGUACGUCUCAGGACAGCUGGGGAUGGACCCCUCCAGUGGACAGCUGGUGCAGGGAGGCGUGCAGGCGCAGACCAGACAGGUGACCCUUCAAAGAACCAACCAUGAGCAAGCAUCCAAAAUGAGGGUUUUACGGCUUAUGGCUCUUGUGAACAUGGGUGAAAUCCUUAAAGCUGCUGGAUGCAGUUAUGAAAACGUUGUGAAAACCACAGUGCUCCUUGCUGACAUGAAUGACUUCACUAAUGUCAACGACGUUUACAAAAAGUUCUUCAGGACCAACUAUCCAGCCAGAGCUGCCUAUCAAGUCGCUGCUCUUCCCAGAGGAGGACUUGUGGAGAUCGAAGCAGUUGCUGUUUUGGGGCCUUUGAGCAAUGCAUGACAUGUGUUUUAGAGACAAUACAGGAAUUGGAACCUCCUCUGCUCGUAUUUAAUAUAUUUUUAUAUAUAUUAAAUAAAAUAAAUAAUAUAUUAAA